CGUUGCAGCAGGUCUCUGAGUAACAGUUCCCUGUUAAAAGUCAUGCUGCAGUAAUAAUGGAGCUGAGAUCGGAGUUAUUAAAAUCAAUUUGGUACGCUUUCACAGCUCUGGAUGUGGAGAAAAGUGGGAAAGUUUCAAAAUCACAGCUCAAGGUUCUGUCUCAUAACCUGUGCACGGUGCUGAGUAUCCCACACGACCCGGUGGCGCUGGAGGAGCACUUCAGAGACGAUGACGAUGGCCCGGUGUCCAGCCAGGGCUACAUGCCCUACCUCAACAAGUACAUCCUGGACAAGGUGAAGGAGGGCUCCUUCGUGAAGGAGAAUUUCGAUGAGCUGUGCUGGACGCUGACUGCCAAGAAGAACUACCGGCCGAACGGGAAGACCAGCAUCCCCCUGAAAGACGCCUUUCGCUUCUGGUGCCUCUUCAACUUCCUGUCCGAGGACAAGUACCCCCUGGUCAUGGUGCCUGACGAGGUGGAGUACCUGCUGAAGAAGGUGUGCAUGGCAAUGAACGUGGAGCUGAAUUAUGUGGAGCUGGAGGAUUAUUUCAGCCAGGAGCCCCAGCAGCAGAGCGGUAUCGUCGUGUGGAAGUUCCUGGAGCUGGUGAACUCCGGGAAGCUGACCAGGGGCAUCGACAAGGACACUUUGAGCAUGGCGAUCGAGGAGGUGUAUCGAGAGAUCGUGGAGGACGUGCUCAAGCAGGGUUACCUGUGGAAGAAGGGGCAGCUGCGGAGGAACUGGACGGAGCGCUGGUUCACGCUGAGGCCGAGCACGCUGGCUUACUACGUGAGCGAAGACCGCAAGGAGCGGAAGGGCAGCAUCCCUCUGGACAGGAACUGCUGCGUGGAGGUGCUGCCGGAUAAGGACGGGAAGAGGUGCAUGUUCUGCGUGAAAACGUCGGCCAAAACCUACGAGAUGAGCGCCUCCGACACCAAGCAGAGGCAGGAGUGGACGACAGCUAUCCAGACAGCCAUCCGCUUGGAGGCCGAGGGCAAGAAGUCUCUUCACAAGGACCUGAAGCUGAAGCGGCGGGAGCAAAGGGAGCAGCGGGAGCGGAGCAAGAUGGCGAAGGAGGAGGAGAUGCUGAGGCUGCGAGCGCUGCAGGAGGAGAAGGAGAAGAAGCUGCAGGAGCUGGAGCUGCUGAAAGAGGCGCAGCGGCAGGCCGAGGUGCUGCUGCAGCAGGACGAGCAGCGCAGGAGAGCCCAGCACGAGGAGAUGCAGCGCACGCUGGAGGUGCAGCUCCGUGACGCAGAGCAGGCACGGGCCAGCAUGCAGGCAGAGAUGGUUCUGAAGGAGGCGGAGGCCGAGAGGCAGAAGAAGCGGAUCCGGGAGCUGGAGGAGAUGCAGCAGGGACUGGAAGAGGCACUGCAGCUGGAGAUCAAAGCCAGGCAGGACGAGGAGGCCUUCCGCUACGCACAGGCAAGGCUGCUGGCUGAGGAAGAGGAGAAGCUGAAGCAGCUGAUGUUCAUGAAGGAGGAGCAGGAGGAGUACAUCCUCAAGACCCAGAGAGAGAAGCAGGAGCUCAAGCAGGAGAUGGAAACCAAGUCCCGGGCUCUCGAAGAGGCCCAGCUGCAUCUGGAGGAAGUGAGGGUCAACCGGCAGAGAGUAGACCAGGAUGUUGUGGCUGCCCAGAGGAAACUGCGCCAGGCAAGCACCAACGUCAAGCACUGGAACGUGCAGAUGAACAGGCUGAUGCACCCUAUAGGCCCAGGAGACAAAAAAUCCUCACCCGGGCUCGGGGGGGUUCUCCAGCUUCCGCGUCCCGCCACAGAAAGAUCCCGGACUGAAGCUGAGGCAGAAAUCCGAGGAGAGAGAGCGCAAGGAGAGCAAGGAGAACGUGGACAGCGAAUCGGCCCGUCGCCUCUCGCAGGCUUCUGACAUGGACACUCGGCCCUAAAAGGAAGAGCCUGUGGCAUCCAGGUAACGUGCCAGGUAACAGGGCUUCUGUUUGGAGAGGCUGCCCUUUGACAUCAACACAGACAGAUCCUUCCACAAACUCAGCUCCCAGCCUCUUUGAAUGUGCACGGAAUCGACUGGGUUCAAUCCGUACAAACCUGGAUGUUGCUUUUCUUUUGGGUUGGUUCUGGGUUUUAUUUUUCCAAGUCGUUUCAACAGAAAUGUGUCCGAACUUUAACAAGGGGUCACCACAUCUGCCUUGCCUAAAACCCCACAGACAGAAGGACUGCAUGCUUCAGUAUUCAAAGCACUGGAAGAAUGAUUAUUGCUGCAAACAUCAUAAGCAACAUAGGAGUUUUAGUAGUUUGAUUUGAGGUGAAAUGGCUUUGGAAACAGGCAGUACAGCACACACAUGAAAGAAAAGAUAACUUGACAUCUUCCUGUCAGCCCCCUGCACUGCGCAGAGUUGCGGUGCUGGUUUGCAUAGCAGAUUUCCAGAGAGAAAGAGGCCCGGCUUCAAAUCCUGCCUGGGCGCCAUGCAGAGGGAGUGCUGUGUUCUGGUUCACAUCACAAGCAGACGAAGCCAGACCUGGGCUCAGUCACAGUUGUAACUGAGCAAUUCACAGUCAAGGGACAAACAAAAUGUGGCCUUGAUACAGCAUUUCAUAGAAUUUCUUCCAGCAAUACCUUUUGUAUAAUUUAUUAAGUUCUUAGUUGAGCGUUAGCUUCCCCUUGAAGAGUGAAUCCAUUCCUGUUGUUAUUUAUUUCAUGCAAACUCUUCUAAAUCACUUUUUUAAGAUGAUUAUUCUCUUAAUCAAACAGACCAGUGAGUUACAGCGUGUUGCAGCAUAGUCUUAGAGGCAUUCAGAUUUGUUAUUACAGUGAAUACCACGUCUGUGGAAAAUGUGUCAGUCAUUGCCUGCUUUACAGCAGCCCUCCAGUGUAUCGUGGGAAACGGGUGGCGGUGCUGUUUGUUCUGCUGUUCUCAUUUCUAGUAUGGAUGCACGGUGCUUUCCUGCCUUUGCUGUGUCUUUCACAAUGCUGCACUGCACUUGCUAUGCACUCCACAGGGUUCCCUGCACUAACAAGCUACACAGAGCUCCAGAGAUCCAGUCCAAAAAUGAUUCUCCUGUCAACUGUAGCUUUGCGGCCAAUAUUCGGAAAACAAACAAAAUGUACAAAGCUUGUUGCUGUAAAACAAAAAAACUAAAACCCCUUUGUCUUGUUUACUGUUUAACUUGUACAGUUUGUAUGUGUGGGAACAACUUUAUGAACACUUCUGAAAUAAAUGUAUUUUAA